GGGCCGCGCCGCGCUCCGUGCGCCUCCGGGGCCUGAAGCUGCUGUUGUUCACGCUCCCUUCAGGGCGCCCGUAGGCCGCGGCCCGUGCCGGGGGGACCCCUCCAUGUGAGAGGCGGCCGUCGAGGGGGGCGGCCGGGCGCACCGCCACCCACCAGCGCCACGGGGGAAAAUGACAUCGCGGAGAUGGUUUCAUCCAAAUAUUACUGGGGUGGAGGCAGAAAACCUGCUGCUAACAAGAGGAGUAGAUGGCAGCUUUUUGGCACGGCCCAGCAAAAGUAACCCAGGAGACUUCACCCUCUCUGUUAGACGAACUGGAGCUGUCACCCACAUCAAGAUCCAGAACACAGGAGACUACUAUGACCUCUAUGGAGGGGAGAAGUUUGCUACGCUGGCUGAGUUAGUCCAGUAUUACAUGGAACAUCAUGGGCAGCUCAAGGAAAAGAAUGGAGAUGUUAUAGAGCUGAAAUACCCCUUGAACUGUGCUGAUCCUACAUCUGAAAGGUGGUUUCAUGGGCAUCUCUCUGGAAGAGAAGCUGAAAAGCUAUUAACAGAAAAAGGAAAACAUGGAAGCUUUCUUGUGCGUGAGAGUCAAAGCCACCCUGGGGACUUUGUUCUUUCUGUCCGGACAGGAGAUGAUAAAGGAGAGAGUAAUGAUGGGAAAUCUAAAGUGACACAUGUCAUGAUUCACUGCCAGGACCUAAAAUACGAUGUCGGUGGAGGGGAGAAAUUUGACUCUCUGACAGAUCUGGUGGAGCAUUACAAGAAGAACCCCAUGGUAGAAACGUUGGGCACAGUGUUGCAGCUUAAGCAGCCUCUGAACACCACCCGGAUUAAUGCUGCAGAGAUUGAAAGCAGGGUGCGAGAGCUAAGCAAGCUGGCAGAGACUACAGAUAAAGUCAAGCAGGGCUUCUGGGAAGAAUUUGAGACUUUACAGCAGCAAGAGUGCAAACUCCUCUACAGUCGUAAAGAAGGUCAACGCCAGGAAAACAAAAACAAAAAUAGAUACAAAAACAUUUUACCCUUUGAUCACACCAGAGUUGUUUUACAUGAUGGUGAUCCAAAUGAACCUGUUUCAGACUAUAUCAAUGCUAAUAUUAUUAUGCCUGAGUUUGAAACCAAGUGCAACAACUCAAAGCCAAAAAAAAGCUACAUUGCUACUCAAGGUUGUCUACAGAAUACAGUGAAUGAUUUUUGGAGGAUGGUGUUCCAGGAGAAUUCUCGAGUUAUUGUUAUGACAACAAAAGAAGUUGAAAGAGGAAAGAGUAAGUGUGUCAAGUACUGGCCUGAUGAAUAUUCCCUCAAGGAGUACGGAGUUAUGCGUGUCAGGAACGUCAAGGAGAGCGCAGCACACGACUACACGCUAAGGGAACUGAAGCUUUCUAAAGUUGGGCAAGGGAACACAGAGAGAACAGUUUGGCAAUAUCACUUCAGAACUUGGCCUGAUCAUGGAGUCCCAAGUGACCCUGGUGGUGUAUUAGACUUUCUAGAGGAGGUGCACCACAAGCAGGAGAGCAUUUCUGAUGCAGGACCUGUUGUGGUCCAUUGCAGCGCUGGGAUUGGGCGAACAGGAACCUUCAUUGUGAUUGAUAUCCUGAUUGACAUAAUCAGAGAAAAAGGUGUGGACUGUGACAUUGAUGUUCCCAAGACCAUUCAGAUGGUGAGGUCGCAGCGCUCAGGAAUGGUUCAGACAGAAGCUCAGUACAGGUUCAUUUACAUGGCAGUGCAGCACUACAUCGAAACGCUGCAGCGCAGAAUCGAAGAGGAGCAGAAGAGCAAGAGGAAAGGUCACGAGUACACAAACAUUAAAUAUUCUUUAUCGGACCAGACAAGUGGGGAUCAGAGCCCUCUUCCACCCUGUACCCCAACCCCAACAUGUCCAGAAAUGAGAGAAGAUAGUGCUAGAGUAUAUGAAAAUGUGGGACUGAUGCAACAGCAGAAAAGCUUCAGAUGAGAAGAUGUACAGAGCCUUCCAUGCAGAGGCAGAAAUGAAUAUGUUUUUUAACAAGGUCAAGAAAGAGAUGGAAGAAGCUUCACAUGUGAAAAGUGAACUCUGAGGGCUUGGUACCUUUUGUAUUUACGGUUUUAAUCCUUCAACAGUAGGCAAAUCUUCAGACCAUCUAAAGAUUGUUUCUCUCUCUUCCCUCCAAUACCUGAUUUACAGUUGCUCAUUUUCCAAAUAAAAGGAAAUCCUUUCUACAAUGUAGGCAACUACUUUGUAGAGUCAGUUUUGAAUCCCACAGACUGUUGGACUGUCAUCCAUUUGUUUGUUUUAAAUAGUAUUUUUUUUGUCUCACUGUAUGGCUGUUAGUUGGGUUUUCUGUUUUGGUUUCUCCUUAUUUGAGCAGUUGUGGGAUUAUUUUUGUUGUUGUUUUAUUUCAUUGCUGUUGUUGUUGUUUUGGGGGGGUGGUGGUGGGAGAGCAGUGACCUGGAUAAAUUCAUUACACUAAUGUAAAAUAUUGAUGGGAACAAGGCUUGCUUGUUUGAAACCAGUGGAUCACCAGUGUGAGUAGAAUCAGCUCCAUGAUAAAAUUAGUCCUGAUACAUUUCAAACUCAGACUGAGUUUCACAGGGGUGAAUGGUUAUUGAUAUGAAGGUGCUUUUUUGUGAUCAUAGGGUGGCUUAGGUUGGAAGGGACCUUAGAGAUCAUCUGCUUCAACAUCCCCGCCGUGGGCAGGGAUGCCUCUCAACCAGACUUGAUAACUGAUGACUUUGAUUCCGACGUAGCUGGGUGGCUGGAUGGGCUGUGUUUAAGUUCAUUAGGCAAGGUAGCCUUUACACCAAACAAAAUUUCUUUUGCAUGGUCUUUACCCAAUCCAGAAAAUUGCUGUAUCUCUCAAAGGACACAUUAGUGUAGUGGUUUGUGAGGACACUGCCUGUGUUCGUUUGUCUGUGCUCAUCUGUUAAGCAAGAGAUUGAACUUGUAGGGUUAAGGUAUUGUAAAAAGUCACCUGAUGACACCUUGGCAGCAUAUUCAAAGCAGUGAAACAUGUAACCCACUGUGCAGGCUGCUACCUUAGUGUGAGGCAACCCUCUUCCCCUUCUGCUGGGGAGGUGGAAGGUUGAACCUUCUGGUCUUUUAGUCAGGCCUUAUGCUAGGGUGAGGGGCUGAAUCAGCAUGGGGGAAGCAGGGCAUGGAAGCUAGCUAUCCACUCAGAUUGCCUUAGCUGAAAGGGCAGCACAGGCAGCAAGGCCAGCAGGCUCCUUUGGUUCCUCUCAUCAGGCAGGAGUUAAUUACUGUUCUACCUUGAAGUGCCUUUCAGAGCUGCAUGGAAUUUGCUGUCCCUAUUCGAUUAACAACAUCACAUCCAUCUGAAACCACUUCAGAUCCUUGUCAGUGAGACAAAGUCCUCUUCUAGUCUCUCCAGAACAAAGAGUUGCUGUUAAGCUGCCAGUUAAUUGGGUUUCUUCCCUUUGCUCUGUCCGGUUAUCUGGACCAGGCUCCCCUGGAAGCCACGAGCACCUGCACAUGGCAGAGCUGGCCCUUAGGAGGGGGCGCUGGUGGGAUCUUUCCAACAUCUUUCCCCAUAUUUCUGGGGAAAUUCUGUGACCUCAGUGGUGUUGAGGAAUUAUUGCCAUUUUCAUAUAGUGGCUGCAGCUGGUGAAUGCUGCAUGAAAGGCUGGAUGUGAAGGGGCAGGGUCUGUGAAAUGAUGCUGAAGCCCGGUCUGUUGUUACUGCAGCUUUGUGAAAGGUUAAGUGGGAGAUGACAUUACCUUUUCCUGAGAGUGCUUUGCUAAAUCAAAUAUUUGAACACUUUGUUUGAACUGAAUGAAGGUGCUUCUUUAAUGUUGAGCAGAAUUUUGUUUGCCAAUUGUCCUUUUUGUCUUUGGAGGCUUUGGGUUCUGUUUCGUUGUUUGUUUUUCUUUUCCUUUGGAACUCCUGUCACCAGCAUACCAUAAUAUGUGUUUUAAUGUCAUAGCCUUAUGCUCUAAUCAUAAAAUACUUGUGCCCUUUCAGGAUCUAAAGCUUUUUAGUCAGGAUGAGAGAGAAAUCUAUUUGUUUGGUAGUGAGAUACCUAUUUGACACCACCUGCUUCCUCUCCUGCCCUUGUUCACACCUUCAACCUGCUGAACAGGCCUGGCUUAGAAGUGUUGGGAUUUGUAUAGAGCUGUUGACAGCAAUUCAGUGUUGGUGUAAAACUGUGCAGAGUCAGACAAAUUCUACACUUCAUACAUUCUGGGGAGGUGGAACAUGUGUUCCAGUUUGGAGCUGUUGUGCACCAAACCGAACAGUCAGGGGAAAAGGUCCGGAGAAGGAUCCUGGAUGAAUCUGAACUGUUUGUGAACUCAGUUAAUGUGAUGUGUCUUAAAAGAUUGACCUGUAUAAGCAGCAAUCAGUUACAUGGCCAACAUCAAGUUGCCUCUUAUGACCUCAUUUCAGCUGGUUAGAACCUGCCACUGUAGGGUGGUUUUUUUUCCUUCCUUUUUGCUUUCCUUUUGUUUCUUGGAGCCAGGGAAUUCUUACUGCAGAAUGUGUAUUAAUCCUGGGCAGCAUAUGGUGGAAGAAUGUCAAUGAGGAGGGGAGCAGAAUCUGAAAGAUUGUGAAGAAAUGCUCCUCUGGUGACUGGAGCAUUACACCCUCCUGAAUACCAAAGGGGAGACCUUGCAGAAUAAAAAUCUCUCUGCCUUUCCUGCACCAGCAAGAGAGGGAUGGUUCUUCAAGCAGCUUUUGCAUGAUUUCAAGCAGUGGCUGGGGUUUGUGACAGGUGAAGCAAGAAAGAGAAAUGUCCUUUGGUUCAGGGGAGGAAAGUGAAUGUGGGUUUCAUGUGUUUCUAGUGAGUUUGUAGAGAACAGAAUUUUUCAGUGUUGAUUUACAAGCAUUGGCUGUAUCAGUGGAAUGGGAAAGGGAUGCAGUUCUGAAGUGUUCUGCUGUAGAAGACUCUAUACCACAAGGGAAACUUUAACCCAACUCCUAAGGCACAAUGACUUAUGGCAGCAUGAAUGUGCUGCAGGCUUCAUUUACUGAAUGUUUGAUAGCAACCACUUCCAUUUCAGCUAAGUGUUGCUGGGGCUGAUUGGUUCUCCUAUUAAUCCUGACCAAAAUUUCCUUUUUCUUCUUGAGAUCAUAGAAUGGUUUGGGUUGGAAGGGACCUUAAAGAUCAUCUAGUUCCAACCUUCUGCCAUGGGCAGGGACACCUCCUACUAGAGCAGGUUGCCCAGGACCCCUUCCAUCCUUGGCUUGG